AUGGCACGUACCAAGCAGACUGCACGUAAGUCUACCGGAGGCAAGGCCCCCGCCAAGCAGUUGGCCAACCAGGCAGCACGUAGUCUGCCCCUGCUACCGGAGGGGUCAAAAAGCCCCUCGUUACAGGCCUGGAACCGUUGCCCUCCUCCUCUGCUGUCAUGGCUCUGCGAAGCUUCCGAGGCUUACCUGGUCGGCCUCUUUGAGGACACCAACCUGUGCGCUAUCCACGCCAAAGAUCACAAUCAUCCUAAGGACAUCCCAAAUUGCUCGCCGUAUCCGCGGAGAGCGCGCCUAAGGGCCUAA